UUGGACCGUCGUCUCGUGGGGGAGAGGCGAUUCACAGUCACAAGAAUUUCUUCUGCUCUCCACAUACUCUCUCUCUCUCUCUCUCUCUCUCUCUGUCUGAGGGGGAGACAAUGGUGGCGGCGCGUGCAACAUGAAGAGAAGAAAACCAGUGUUAUGCACCCCCCAUGGCCUCCCAUUUCGCUCCCUCUGCCUUCUCUCCAACCCCAAACGCCGGCGUUUCUCAGCUCCGGUCGCCGAGGAGGCCGCCGCCGCCCCCUGCCGUGCUCUGCGUCCAGUGCUACCGGGGAUCUCCGUACAACACGCUCGUCUCUGAGGCUGUUAGGCUUUUGGUCCCUCCAGCAAGAUUCGAAGCUUCAAAGUUAAAAGUCGAUUUUACGGGAGGAGAGUCCGACAACUAUUCUGGAAUCAUCCCGAGAACUUACAUCUUAUCUCACUGUGACUUCACCGCCAAUCUGAAUUUGACCAUCUCCAAUGUCAUCAGUCUUGAUCAGUUAAGAGGAUGGUACGAAAAGGAUGAUGUGGUUGCUGAGUGGAAGUCAGUCAACAAGGAGAUGUGUCUGCACAUCCAUUGCUUUGUUAGUGGUCCAAAUCCCUUUUUAGACCUUGCUGCUGAGUUUAGAUACCACAUUUUUUCCAAGGAGAUGCCUCUGGUACUCAAAGCCGUGUUGCAUGGGGAUGCAUUACUUUUUACAGAUCAUCCAGAGCUAAUGGAUGCUCCAGUAUGGGUUUACUUCCAUUCAAGUUCUCAAAAGUACAACCGCAUAGAAUGCUGGGGGCCUUUCAAGGAUGCUGCACAGACUUUUGGCUAUCUAUGGUGGAGAACAGAGAGAACAAAUUCAAGGAUUUUCGACGGGAAGCAAUGAUGAUUCCCCUGUGCCUAGAAAGUGGAGGGGCCCCAAAUCAAUCUUCCAAGCUCUGUUUGCCUUCCUUCUGUAAAUGUGCAGGCAACACAGUGCCACUGGCCCCCUAAGAGCCCGACUCAGUUUUCCCACAUAGGGCAGAGGAUGACUCAGCUCAUUGGUAACAUUGCAGAGAAACUUCACUGGAGAUGAAAAGGUCAGAUGGCAUUUAACUAUGAUUAUUUGAUCCUGAUUCAUUUGCAGCUAACUCAUUCAUCAGCUGGAAAUGUUGAAAAACUGGUGCAAUUGUCACCCAUUCCUUUAAUUUCCUUAGGCCAGCAGCUGAAUGUAUUUCUUGCUGAAAAAAAUGUACAAAAAAGAUACAACUAGAUUCUCAAUCUGAAAUCAUGAAUGCAGAGUUUCACAUUUUUAGUUUC